CGAUAAGAGAACCAAUCUCCAAACAUCCGUUGACCGACUUUCACAUUUUGUCACGUUUUUAAAUGUGUGUAUGUGUGUCAUCUGCAUUGAUUAUGUAACAAAAAGCAAUGAAUUAUACAAACCACAGGCGUUUUAAAUGAAAGAUCGAGGAAUCAUAACUUAGAACUCGACAUUUUUCACGGAAGUCGAUAAUAAACCUUUUGACAAUAAGCAGUAAAUAUGCUGGUUUUUGAGGCAGACACAAACAACUUGGCGAUAUGUGCCAUUGUGACGGUCGCAAUGCAGUUUUCAUUUUUCUUGGUGGCUUGUACAUGCAAGUUUGAUAAGGUUACCGACUUUGCUGGGGGUACUAAUUUUGUGGUUCUGGGAGUAUUGACCUUUUUCCUUGCCGAGACUUACCAGUGGAGACAGAUCAUGGUGACCGUGUUUAUUGUUAUAUGGGGCCUUCGUCUCUCUGGCUACCUGCUGUACAGAAUCAUCAAGAUCGGGGAAGACAAUCGGUUUGAUGAUAAGAGAGAAAACUGUCUUAAAUUUGCAGGGUUCUGGACAUUCCAGGCCUUUUGGGUGUUUACAGUCAGCCUGCCUGUAAUAUUUGUUAAUGCCCCAGACAGUGCCACGUUUCUGACUCCCCAUGAUGACUGGACGCCACAAGACAUUAUUGGUGCAUUCCUCUUUGUCACAGGACUACUGAUUGAAACUUUUGCUGAUUUCCAGAAGUUUGGCUUCAGGAAUGACCCAGCCAACAAAGGAAAAUGGUGUGAUAAAGGUGUGUGGAAGGUGUCUCGUCACCCGAAUUAUUUUGGUGAAAUCAUCAUCUGGAUAGGGAUGUUUAUCAUUAGUACCAGUAUCUGCGUAGAUGGGAAGUGGGCGGGAGUUCUGAGUCCAUUGUUUACCAUGGCCAUCCUACUCUUCCUCAGUGGAAUCCCACUCCUGGAGAAAAAGUCCGACGAAAGAUAUAGAAAGAAUGAAAUCUACUUAGAAUACAAGAAAAGGACUAGUCCUCUAAUCCCUGUCCCCCCUCCAUGUUACGGCUGUCUCCCGGGGGCCUUUAAGUGUCUGUGUUGUUGUGAGUUUCCACUCUAUAAUUAUUUGGACCCAGAAGAUGAAAAGGUCAGCAUUAAAUCUGGGAGUGAUAAAUCUAACCAAGAAAGUGAGAAGAUUUAAUUUAUAGGAUUUGUAACAUAUAAACAACAUUCUUCACAAUUGAAAUAAAGGUUUGAAGGCUGAGAGGGGAGUUAUGUGAAGAAAAUCUACCUCUGAAGUGUUGUCAAGUAUGUCUACCUGCAAUCUUAUCUUAAAUUUGCCAUAUUUAUGUAUAUUGUCUCAUUGUAGUCCUAUCCAUUGUUAUUAUUUAAUAUACAUUAAUUUACUCUUUUUAUCAUUAGAAAUAAUGUUAGUUUGUUGGAUUCUUACAUUGAAGGUGCUACAGAAUUAAAAAAAAAAUACUAUGUACCCUAUAACUUUUUCAAGAAA